AUGGUGCAUGAAACUGAACCUGAAUAUCCUACGGAAAUUUCUGAACGGUAAGAUUCAGCGAUCAAAAUAAAAUAUUGGCCAUGAUUCGAUACAUUUCAGCAGAUACUAAGCGAUCGCCAACCAAUGCAUAUCACAAAAUCAGCCUCUGACUUUUUGUCAAUUGGAUUCAAGGGCUUUCGGAUCGAUCGAGAUUGUAUUCUGUUGUAUAUAUUUUCAGGUUGAUAGAGCUCGCGGAGGAAUAUAAGGAUGGCGUUUUCACCGAGAAGGUAAAGUCGACCUUCGGAAAUGUGAUCUCCAAUAAUUAAUCAAUGGUAAACGCAGCGAUCAAACGUAAGACAUUUGCAAGAGGAUCAAUUUUGGCAGACCUGAGAAAACCUCUCUGUGGAAAUUUUGUAAAAUUUCUGUCCGCCGGCCAGCUUUAAUAUGUAGAAAUUGUUUUCUACACAGGGCUAUGUGAUGAAAAAGCUUAAGCUUUUAAAACCGUUGUUGGCCAACUCGGUACAAGAAAAGUAAGCUGUAGAAUGAUAUAUAUUUUUUAAAUUAUUUUGUCUGCUUUUGUGCUGUUUUGUUUUUGUGGUUGUUUUUUUUUUUUGGUGAUUUUAAUCACGAGUUACUAAAAUGGCCUUACAUCACCUGAUAAAAAAGCAGACUUUAAUUAUUGGUGUAGUUGUUGUUGAGAGAAGGGGUGGUUGUGGGAAUUAUUUUUGUUGAAAUUACACUCAUAAUCCUUCCACUGGAUUUAUUUUGAAAACCACCGUGUUAUCUCUAUUGUAGGAUUCAGAAAGCUCAAGACGACCACAAAGAAGGAAAGGCAACCGAAGUAAGUUUCUGAUUCAGUUGAUAAUUGCUUUUCCACAUUAUCCCAUUGUAAUAUGCUGAUUGCAAGUGCUAAGCUAUAAAAUUAUUUUGUAAAGACAAUGCAUGCUCAAAGCAUUUACAUUUCAGAUCUUAUUUUCAUUUUUGUUCACUGCUACAGGAGCAGCUCAUAGACCAGUUGAAAGAGCUCCUCUCUGAGUUUGGUCACAGAGCUAGCAAUGGAUGUGGUGCAGUUCCAUUAUCUCCAGCAUCAUGUAAUGAUGGUCAACAUAGCUUAAUGUCAUCUGUGAAAGAAGAUCCAAUGGAGACAGAAGAUGUAGCCUCCAGAAACGGAACAAGUAGUAAUGACAACACUGAUCCUGGUGCCUCAGGAACAAACUCUAAUGAAAUUAUGCAGACUGAUGACUCAGAUAAUAAACCAUUUAUUGACUCAACUGCAGGGGCGUCAAAUGGCAAUUCAAAGGAAGGCCACAUUGAAAAUGAAGCGCAGACAGCCUCAUUAUCCACUGGCAAAGGAGGUAGGUAUAAUGUGAUGAAUGUGAUAGAGGUUGUGGUUAACCAUCUUGACGAUAUAUAACAAUAAUAAAAUAUUAAUUUAUUCUUAUGUGGAUCACUUGUGUCAACCAUGUGUUGGUAGUCUCCUUUUGAGGUUCAGAUCUACUCUUUACUGUCAUGUACUGAACAUUACAAUCACUAUCACUCUCUGGGGAUCAUCCUCUAGAAGGUGACCUCAAAAACUGCCCAUCAUCAUGCUUCGUAAGGUGCUGUACAAACAAUUGACUUCAUCAUCUCGUCACUGAGAAUAAUUGAAUCAAUCAAAUUCCUUAAUGGUAGCAUCAUACUUUCCCUAUCUUGUUUGUGUUACUUAACAGGCAGGCUUUUUAUUUCCAAUUUUCCAGGGUCAUCUUUGCCAUUAGAGAAAACCUCUCCAAACUCUGAGGACAAGGUACCUACAAGAGUUUGUUGUGAAAUGGAAAUGUAAAUAACUAACAAAAUACCACAGUGACUGUUAAAUGUGACUUUAAAGAAUAUUAAAAACUAUAUCAAGGCUGUUUGUCUGACUGAAAAAAUUCUUUUGCAGAAAAAAACCAAACUGAGAAAAGAGACUGGCAGACAACUGGGUAUUAGAGAGAUGUUUGCUAAAGGGUAAGAUACAAGUACAUAUGAUAAGAGUCAACUUAGAAUGAAUAAUGUUUAAAGGAUUUAUUUAAAUAAUUGUACUUGACCUUAUGUAGCAGAUAUGUUGUGGUCUGGGUUAAUGUACUUGACUUUCCUCAAGUGUAACCAUGUCAAGAAAGAGAUUUGAAUCAGUAAUCUGUUGACAGAAACCUUUUGAAUCCUAAGAUGAUUUGCAGUAAAUGUAAACUUUAAUGGUUUUUCUGUGACAAGAAACAAAGGGUUAUGGCUGCUUAACACAAUUGGAUCUCUGGUUACUUAAGUAUUACAAUCUCCUUGGAUGGGCGUUGAGACUAUUUAAAGACAAUUUUCAGCAGUUAGGCUGGAUUCUGUAUUUGUUAACUCUCAGAUAGAGAGUUACUAGCACUGUUUGUGCAAAGUGUGAUGUCUCAAAGACCCAACCACAGUGAAAUUAUGGCCUCCAAUUGUAACCAGACUGGUCAAUAGCAGAAGUCAUUACUUUUCAGUGUUCCGCCACUUCAUUUCUCACAUUAUGUCUGCUCUUCCCUACCAACAUGUUUAGUAGAACUUUUGUUCCUUCCAUCACAGACAAAACAUACGUAACAACCUUGUCUAAUAAUUAGUGGAUUGUAUUUAGAAUUAUUGUUAUUAUUAUUAUUCAGUAAAUGAAUGUUAAUUUUUAGGCCUGCUAAAAGAAAGAAUACAGCAGAUGAUGGUGAAGAUGCUGGUGAGACCAGUGAAGAUUCACCAAACAGCAUCAUUAGCAAAGUAUGUAGUCUACUUUCACUGUACCACUUCAUCAUUAUAAUAAAUAUUAUUGUGGAUUUUUUUUAUAAAAACAUCAACAUCACUGUUAAUCAGUAUGUUCAUUGGGCAGGAUAACAAACGUCUUAAAGUGUCAGAAGAUGAAAGCACUGAUGAAAAAGAAAAAGAAUUGUCAGAAACAGAAACAGAAACAGGAACAGAAAGGCAAGAGUCGACAACUUUACAAAUACUCAUAUGAGUUUGAAAGUUUGAAUAUUAUAUACUAUUCUCAAUCUUGUUUGGUUGACCCUCAGGGUUUGUUUUGAUCAUAGAAAAGAAUUGCCAAAUUAGAUGAAAAAUAAAAUUUUUGUAACUUAUAUCAAAAUUAUCUCAGUCAGUAGCACAAUCCAAGAAAUUUUAUUGUUAUUGGUGUGUAUGCAUUGCAGACAUACAUACAUAUAUAUACAUAUAUAUAUAUAUAUAUAUAUAUAUAUAUAUAUGUAUAUGUAUAUGUAUAUGUAUAUGUAUAUGUAUGUAUGUAUGUAUAAAAUAAUUGUCCAUAGUCAUCCCUAUCAAAUUAGAAUACUCUAAUUAUUGUUUUUGCAAGUCAUAGAACAUGUAGUUAUUGGUUUAACACCUACCAACUUUCAACAUGAUAAUUUUGUAAAUAAAUUUUUUCUUUCUCUUGCAUGUGUUAAUUCUUUUUUUGUUCAACAGCUAUCAGCUAAGAGAAUCCUCUGCAAGGGCAAAAUGUGAAGGGGAAAAAACACAGGUGCUAAAAAUUUUUGAAUUCUUCUCGUCAUACUGAAGACCUCUAUGAAAGUUCUGUAGAAAUAAAUAUAUUUCUCAGGAUUUGAGAGAAAAAGUAAAAUCUUAAAUGUUCUGGUAAUAUGGAAGGUGGAAACAUUUUCUUGGUUUACAUGUAGGUCAAGUAUUUGCAGGAAAGUCAUCAGUUUGAACCCUGUUCAAGCCACAAUUUUUAAUGCUUUAUUUCAAAACUACCUAGUCAUUUCUCCAAGUGAAAUGAUCUUUCUUCAAAUGGCAUCUGUCUUGCUCUUUUAAAUGAUAAUAUGUUUGAUCAUUCUGUAGCCUCCUGUCAAAUGUAAGGAAUGCAAGCAACUUCUGGACAGUCCUGACUUGAGACUUUUCCUUGGUGACUGUGAUGAUGCUGUAAGUUUAUGAUACAUGUUGCUCUCCACUAGGCAGUUUUUGAAGUUCCUUGAAGUUGUGCAAAUGUUUGUUAUGGUUCAAAUUUUUACUAGUGGAAAACGUAAAGGACAUAAUUCUUACUAUGUACCUAGUUACAGUUCUCUUGUAGUUAGCUAUACAAUGACUGGUAUCUGACAAACAUGUAUACUAAAUAUUAUCUUCUGACAACCAUUUCAAUAUGACUAAAAUUGAAUGUUCUAACUUCCUGCCUGUCUUAAGGGUUGUAAUUGUCUUAUGAAAUGUCACAGCCAGUAUGUUUGUUCUAACAUGUCAACUGAUAUUAUUAUACAUGAGACUUACUAUAAAAUUUCUGAGUGGUUGAGACCAUACAGUCAGCAUACAAUAGCAUGUGAAGUUGACAUGAUAUCCCAAUAUCUGCUGCUGAUAUUAGGUUAUUAUGUUGUGUUCAAAGUCUUACUAGUUUCCAAGCCCCUUGUCUAUGAAAUGUUCUAAACUUUUGCAAACUCAGAGAAUUGUUUUUAUUUUGCAGAUUGUUUAGAAAAUGUAUAAUAAAACAAUUACUGAAUUUUGGUUUUCCCAUAAAAUCAUGAUACAUCAAACUUUGUGUCUGUGUUGUCUGCCCCAGCCUUCAGCUUCUGCAGGUAACUCAGACCUCAGCAUUGAUAAUUCAUGAUAUCAUGCUCAACCUCAUCCAGUAAUUACUUAUUGUCUACCAGGUGGAAGAAUUUGUUGCCUUAACCGAUCCACGUUUGUCUCUGUUCUCUGGUGAGGAGGAACAAUUUGACAGCUAUAACGACAGACCACAACACAAAAUAACAAAUUUCAGGUAAGGAAUUUUUGCAUCUUUACAAUUGUCACAUUCAUUAAUCAAAUGAAAUAAAAGUUAAGAUGAUGAGAGCUCUUCAUAUUUCUUUGCACCAUUCUAUCAUGCUUCACCUCUUCUAUUCUUUUCCCACCUCUUCCGAUCUGUUCCAUUUUAAGUUGCAUCGUACCAGUCCAUCAAGUUGCCACAGUUGUCCUUAAGUUCUUCUUACUCUUUAAUAUUAUUAUGCAUUUAUUUAUAGCAUUUAUGACAAGAACACUCACCUGUGCCCUUUUGACUCUGGCUUGAUAGAGAAAAAUAUAGAACUAUUCUUCAGUGGAUACCUUAAACCAAUCUAUGAUGAAAAUCCAAGUCCAGAAGGUACAUUGUAUUUCAAAAACAGUUUAGAAACAUUGGAUUAAAAUAAUUGGAAAAGAUAGGGAAUCCUUUACAACCUAGAACUAAUUACUGAAAAAGUAAUUAUUUGUACAUAUUCUUGCUAAAAUGUGCCUUAUAUAUAGGUGGAGUUCCAACAAAAGCUUUAGGGCCGAUCAAUGAAUGGUGGACAACAGGAUUUGAUGGAGGGGAGAAUGCUCUCAUUGGUUUUACUACAGGUAAAGAUUAAUCCCUUGAUUUACAGUGACUGUAACUCUAAUCUUUCUUUAGACUAGUGUAUUAUUUAUUACCUGCUAUCCACUGAAAUCCAUAACAUUGAGUUUGUAUACCUUUAGCCUUUGCAGAGUACAUAUUGAUGCAGGCAUCUGAGGAAUAUAUGCCCUUUAUGAACCUCAUGAGAGAGAAGAUUGCUAUGAGUAAGGUAAUGUUUAUUUAAAAUUUUAUCUUUCUAGUUCGGCAAGAAUCACAAACUAAAAGAUCAGAGCACACAACUGUUAUAGGUGGUAAAAGGAAAAUAAUUGUUAGCAAGAAUCUGAAGCAUAUAACCGGGAUUCUAAGGCCAAUAGUGCUCUCAUAGAAUAUGGAUGGGGAGUUGUAAAUCCACAAAAACUACCUGAAAUGAAUGUGCUAAAUAAGUUAUUACAUGAAAGUAAGGACUUCUUUUCUCUGUUACAGAUUGUCAUUGAAUUUAUACAAGAUAAUCCAGAGGCAAGGUACGAGGACUUGCUGAAUAAAGUACAGGUAAUGACAUGAUGUUGAUGUUUGUUGUUACUGACCAUAAUUAUAAUGAAGAUGAAGUGAUAAGAAGCAGCAAGAUGAAUAUUGUCGUAUAUUUCAAUAAUUGAUAAUAAUAAAUGAACAGAUUUAAACUUAAUGCAUUGUAUUUGGUAGCUAAUUUCACAAAAUUUCAAGUUCUUGGGCUGAUUGUGCAACUAGUGCAGUGUACAACUAGGAAGAGCUAUCAAUCUGAUCUAUCAAAGGAGGACAACUUUAAUCCCUUAACCCUCAAGAGUGACUUGCUUCUGAUUUCCUCAUACAGUAUCACCCCUGAAUCAAACAUUAAGGUCAUGAGAAUAUUGGAAAUGAUCAACAAGUACAGGAGCUCUUGAUUGUUGAGCAAAAUCUCCUUGUCAGCAUCUUAGGAAAUGUGUAGAAAACAGUGUAAAGAAUAUACAUACUGAUCUCAGGGUGUAAAAAGUUAAGUAGGUCCAUUAGAAGAAACAGGCCUCUGCACAAAAAAGGAUCUGUCAUGUAUAAAUGUGCCUGCUGACUCCUUUCUUGUUCACUGAAACUGCAUACAUCAAAUAUAAAUAAAAAGUUGAUUGUUACAAAUAGGACUGAGAUGUGUACUUGCGGCUGCCAAUCCUAGUAGUGUGGGUUUCCGUGUAAAUCUACAGUUUAGAGCUGCAAAUAAAUUUAAUAUGCAAUUCCCUGUACAAUGUUGUAUGACAUAAGACAGAAAACCAAUCAUAGGAUGAGUGAUCUAUGUUAACCCCUCUUUGCUAUGUUAUUGUUUCCAAGACUUCUGUGCCUCCAGAAAACUGUUCCACUUUUACUGAAGAUACACUGUUGAGACAUGCCCAGUUCCUUGUUGAACAGGUAAAAGCUUUUCAUUUAACUCAUAUCAACUCCUAUUUGCUUUACCAUAUUUUUGUAUUACAAUCUGUCUGAAGGUGUAUGAUACAAUAAAUUACUGUAAUGUCUUUCCUCUGAAGAUCAUUGGUAUUCUUUAGGAGGAUGAUGCUAAAAAUUGUGGCAGUUUUGAAAUUUUGUUCUUUAGAUUCAUCUUGAAUACCUGUAAGGCAUCUGUUAAUAGGAACCUUUCAGUUUGCAAUUGUCAUCUUUCAUUCUUGACUUUAUGAUGUCUUUAGGUGGAAAGUUAUGACCAAGCAGCUGAUGAUGAUGAGCUCCCACUAUUGGUGACACCAUGCAUGAGGGCUCUCAUCAAGCUGGCAGGAGUUACACUUGGAAAAAGGUUUGUUAUUAGACUGACAUUAUCUUUUUAAUGAAAAGGAGAAUUUCAUCAAAUUUUAUGGUACUAUGAGUUAAAUGACAUGAAUUUGCAAAUUAUGCAUCUGUUGUGAUGCUUUUUUAAGAUGAGCGUUUAAUAUCCUAGUAGAAAAAAUAGUUGUUGUCUCAGAUGUUGUACCAAGGAUAAAGACCUGUUUACCUCAAGUAACUGUUUGAACUCCUUGUUUAUUCAAGAUAUUUAUCUGGUAGAUGAAUCAAUUGUUUCUAUUAAAGCACUACAUUUUCUUGAUAAGAAACUACCUCAGUCAAUUGUUCUUCAGAUGUUUUAUAGUUGUCAACUUUUUUUAUUCAGACGUGCUGCAAGGGGAGUGAAAGUCCGACUAGACAAGAAAAAGAAAGAUACAGUUCCAUCAAAAGUUAGUACUUACAGUAGACUAACAAAUACAAAACAAGUUAUCACUUUUGUGCUACAUGCUUUUGUACUUCAAUAUUGAAAAGAUGAACCUUGGAUCAUUAUUAACCAAAGGUGUCACUGUAUAGUUGGCAGACCUCUGACCUUCUUGCACUAUAAAAAAAAGAAAAUUACAGCAGUUUUGUGUCUUGUAAGUUUUUUGUAUAAAGAUUUAUUAAUGGCCUCCCAAAAAUUUGAAACUGAAUUUAUUAUAGGCCACCACUACGCCCCUGGUGCGGAACAUAUUUGACAUUUUCUUCCAAGAUCAAAUCGAUGGUAAAGAAACAAGAACAUCUCGUAGGAAGCGAUGUGGUGUUUGUGAGGUGUGCCAGCAGCCAGACUGUGGAAAGUGUAAAUCCUGCAGGGACAUGGUCAAGUUUGGUGGAACUGGCAGAAAGAAACAGUGCUGUGAAGAAAGAAGGUUUUUGUUCUUCUUUUUGUCUUCUAUAAUGCAUUCAUUUCCAUGACCCUGAAUUUGCUGCAUACUGGCUUUUAAAAAAUGAUUUAUUUCAUUCUCUUUUCCUCAAGACCUAAUUAAGUUUGUCUUUAAAUAUAGGUGCCCUAACUUGGCUGUUGAAGAAGCUGAGGAUGAUGAAGAUGUCACAGAGGAGAGUGAAGAAAAUGUGAAAAUGGUAAGUAAAACUGUACUUAAAUUUCAAGGGUAAAAGGAAGACAUUUUAAUAGCUGAUGUUCAUGAGGUAAUGUUAUUUAUUUUGUGUAUAUUUUUUCCUGUUCCAGAGUCCUAACAAGGAUAUGGUGAAGAAGAAAAAAACAACACAUAAAACUGCAAAAUCAAAGAAAGGGAUUAAUGAGGUGAGUUUACUUUUUUAAAGGCUAUGUGCAGCUCUUGCUUAACUGUAAGUAACUGUUUAAAGGGGUAAGUUUCUAAAGAAACUGUGGUGCUGCGUCGGUGGGAGAACAACUGGGUUGAAAACGUUUAGCCAUCUUUUCGAGCGUUAGCCCUUCGUCAUCACUCUGACGAAGGGCUGUGUCUUCAAUGUUAAUAGCAACAGUACAAAGAAAUGUUUGAUUCAUGACAGUGCCACUUAAACAAUGUCAGUUUUGAAAAUGGCUGAUGUAUAAGAAGGGUUAAAAGGAUAGGCAGCAAACGGCAUUUAUAAUGAUAGGAAAGAGGUGUUUCUUACUCCUUUAUAUCUAAAAUCUUUGUUUUUUCAUUAGAGAUUAUACAAAGAGCACAAAUUAUAUCAUGUUGAGUGAUCACUUGAUUUUUCCACAGCUGCCUUUCAUUCAUUAAAAUGUGUAAUCAGUUGUCAAGGGUUCCUUAAGAAGAAUGAUUCUAAAAACCUUUUUUUUUCCAUUAUUAGACCAAAGUUGAGUGGAUAGGAGAUCCUGCUAAAGUCAGUGGAAAGAAGAAAUACUACUCAUCAGUUCUUAUCAACAGCCAAGAGGUUUGUAUUCUCCCUUUUCUGUGGAAUCUUGGCUCAGCUGUCAACACAAGCCAAUACCUUCUUUUGACCUAUGGCAGGUACAAGUGGGAGAUUUUGUGAAGGUACGCCCUGAGGAUCCUCACAUGCCACUUUUUAUUUCCUGUGUGUGCUACAUGUGGGAGGCGGCAAAUGGUGACAAGAUGUUUCACUGCAGAUGGUUCAGGUACAAACCAAAUGCUCUGUGCCUAUUGCAAUUUUACAACAGGCAUUACAUGUUUCUUUCAAUCAAUUGAUUGUAAAGCUUUGAUGUCUACCAGCACAUAUUGUAGAUCAUUUAUAGUGAGCUUUUCUAUUUUCUAUGCAGAAGAGCAACGAAUUUGUUAAAAUAACAACAUGGCUGCAGCAAAGGCAGCUGUGUAGUUUCUUUGCUACCCCACUCUGAACAUUUCAGACUCACAUGUCAAGUAACAAACAUUCUGCAUAUUUUCUCUCAAUACCAUAUCGUUGGUUCUAGCCGUGGCUCAGAAACUAUUUUGGGUGAAACAAGUGAUUCUAAGGAGCUUUUUCUUGUGGAUGAAUGCGAUGACAACCCUCUUGGUUCCAUUGUACAGAAAUGUGUUGUAAGUCUAUCUAAAUAUAUCCUCUGGUCGUUUUUAGUCCUUUUCAAUACAUUUUGUGCAUAAAAGAAAUACACUGAUUUUGCUUGUGGCAUUCUUGGCAAACAUGCAACUCUAUCCUUGCCCUCAUUCCAGCAUUAUGAGGUAGUCGUUUGUACUGAGACUCCAACGCCUGACUGCUCGGAUCACAUCAACAAUUAAACAUUUAUUGAGGUUUCAACAGAAAGGAGCAAUAGAAUAUUGAAUUGAGUGGAUGAAACUGAUUUCGGAUAUUUCUGCGUCGCUUUACAACAAAACUUGAACAACAUUUUGCUCAAUUAACCAGAGCAAAUUUUCUCUCCAAAUUUCGCACCGAACUUUCUAGAAGAGCGAAGUUUCCCUCGAAAGUUCGCAACUAUUUAGUGUCCGCGGUGAAAUAUCUUUCAAAAUUUUGGCGUACUGAAACAAUAGGUGCCUCAAAAGUUCGUGGAAAAUUCGCGGAAAUUUCGUUCAGAGUGAAAUUUCCUCAAAAAGCCACGAAAAGCAAGGAAAUUUGUCGAAAUUCGUUUGCUUUACUUUUGCACAGUACAGUAAAUAUCGGUAAACCCAUGUUUCAAAGUCUGUGAAUUUGUGAAUAACACAGGCUUAUAAUAUGUGUCAUAUAUGUAUGCCAUUUAAGUUUUCCAUAGGCUACAGAUUAAUACAUGUGAUAUGAAUGAACAGGUGACGCAGAAGUUACCAGAAGCUGAUUGGUUCCAGAGGGGCGGACUUGAAGAGCGGGAAGCCGACAGCAUGAUGGAAGAGGAUGAUGGGAACACAUUUUUCUAUCAGAAAUGGUAAGGAAAAGUUCUUGAAAAGUAGAGGUUUCAAAGUAGUGAAGACAGUCAGCGUCCUUUAGUGUGGGGUCCGUGUCACUCAUGUCAUUGAUUCAUUUUUCCAUUUUUACCCAAACUUCCCCUCUCGAUAUAGAAAGCUUGCACAGAGUCUUGGGUAAGUUGCAAAACUGCCCAAGUGCAGGGUGAGAUCUUCGUAAGGUUGCUGAAAUUUUACAGAAACUGGUUUAUUGGGAACAUUCACUUAAUGUAACUGGAGAAUUUUCAAUUUUAGGAGGAUGAACCCUGGACGGUCCCUAGCAAUGGGGAGCUAAAUUUCUCAUGCACUGUUCGGUGUACCAGUCCGAAGAAGUCUUGAAAUUAAACUCAAAAAUGUAAUAAAUCAUAUUUUGUGGCCAUGAUGUAACUCGGGUCUGCUAGUUCUUCCAUCCUUUAAGCUAAAACAAGUUGUAUGUAAUGAUCAACUUAAUUGUACAGUCAAAAAGCUCUGAUGUCUUUAAUUCUAAAUGCGCAUAUGUCACUGAAGGAGAUAUCGCUUUCUCAACGUUUCAGGUAUGAUUCUGAACAUGGUCGAUUCACAGAUCCCCCCUCGGAAUACACUGCUGCUUUAGAUAGGAAAGAAAAUCAUAAAUUUUGUGAGAGCUGUAAGCGACAGACAGCACAAAAGGAGGUAGAAUUGCAUAAGUUAAUAUUUAUUUCUAAUAUUUAAAUUUAUUUUUUUAUCCUGUUUAUAAAUAUUUUUAGAUGUAUAUACUUUUUCACAUUUUGAGUAUAAGGUCUAUAUGAUAUUCUACAUACAACUUAAGUGUAUUAACAUUUGAAUAAAGUUCAUUAUUUUUGUUAUUAUUAUUAUUAUUAUUAUUAUUAUUAUUAUUAUUAUUAAUGACUUAACGAAAGGUGUUUGUGCGUCAAAGCUACACCAUAGAGUUCAUCUAUCUUUGCAGUUCUUUGUUCCUUUGGUUUAGUUUUCCACGUAUGACAUAAUUAACUUAUCAUACAUGUUCUAGCUAGAAACACCAACAGUGGAAGAACCACUGGAAAAAGAAUCAAAAUCUUCCUCUAAAACGUAUUACAAGUAUGUCUAUUUUCUUACUUUUCUCGUUUUAAUCAGAGUUUGUGCAUUUUUUUUAGCUUUGAACGCCAAAGAUAUUCAGGCAAGGUCAUUUGCACGUCUUCCGCAGAGGAGACUCGUCUCUUCCAGUUUUUUUUUUUUUUUGGCUCUUUCAUUUAUUUGUUCAACUAUUCUUCCUAAUCCAUCAUUUUCAGCUUGUUUAGCUUCAAUAUACCCUUUUAAUUCAUGAAAGUUUUGAAGGAAAUGUGUCUUCACGUUCUUUAGUCCCUUUAUCUACUCCCGGAAAAAAAGUGUCGUAUCAUGGUAAUGAUUAUUUGUUUGUGUAUGCUGUAUUUGCACCCCAGAAAAAAUUUCGUGAAUUUUCUUCUUUUUAGAUCGUGCAACAUAAACGGCGUGCAGUACAAGCUAGGAGAUUGUGUUUUCCUCACGCCUGAAGCAUUUUCAUUCAAGUAAGAGAUUUACUUGUAUGCUCCUUUCUUCCUGAACUCUAAUACCUUUGAUCAGCCAUAAUUGACCGAGGAGUGCUGUGAUGCAUUGAUAGAGAAUGCUGUUACGAGGCUGCUAUGUUAACUUGCUGUGUUAAACUGAGUCCUAUGACCUUGAGUUGCUAACGAUGAAAUCAUAGGGCUCAACAAGAUGGAAUGUAAAGCAAACUUAUAGAGCCGGAACCGAGCGCGAAAAGGUUUGAGAACAAAGAUUGGCAGGGUUCAAACGUCACUGAAAAAAUCACAAUCAAAUUUUGCUCUUUUUUCGCAGUGUCAAGCCGAAAGAGACGAAGAAAGGCUUCAAGAAGAACGAAAAGGUAUUCACUUUGUGGUUUGUUGGUUUGUUUCUCGUUUUUCUGUUACUUCGUGCCCUAGACCCUCUGUUUCAUCUCAAAGGGUGACAGCCAAUCCCAAAAAUAUUCCCCCAGGGAAAAAAAGGGUUAUGGUCUAUACCAGUUGACCUAAAAAAGGGAAUUCAUGACGAUGGUUUACAAGUUAUUUGAGUUUCAUUUGCUAGCAAUUCACAUAAAUACCAAUUACAAUUAUUUUUAAUCGUAUAAACUCUUUAGGUGGACGAAGAGGUUUAUCCUGAAUAUUACAGAAAACCCAUUGAGUAUGUGAAAGGAAGUAACUAUGAUGUACCACAACCAUUUAAAAUAGGUACGUUGUCAGCGACAGAUUACUAAAAGCGUAGAUAAAUAAGCUGUGAGAGACUUUCGUUUGUUUUGUUGGUGAAACACAUACAUAAGUAUUACAGGUCAGAGAGACCGAGUUUGCGGCAUACCUAAUCCUUAAAAAACUUUGCAUUGAAAUACAAAAUCCUAUCGCGUUUCGAGUUGGUGGUUUUUGUGAGAUAUUCUGACAGUUGGUCGGUCAGGUAGUUAGGCUGCAGUCAGUCAGCAGUCUAUGUGCAGUCAGUUGGUCAGUCUGCAGUCGGUCCGUCAGUCAGUCAGUUGGUCAGUCUGCAGUCGAUCCGUCAGUCGGUCAGUUGAUCAGUCUGCAGUCGGUCCGUCAGUCAGUCAGUCAGCCAGUCAGUCUGCAGUCGGUCCGUCAGUCAUUUAGUCAGUCAGUCAGUCAGUUGAUCAGUCUGCAUUCAGUAGGUCAGUCAGUCAGUUCGUCCGUCAGUCAAUUGGCCAAUAAGUCAGUCAGCCAGCCAGCCAGUCAAUCGGACAGUCAGUCAGUCAGUCAGUCAGUCAGACAGGCUAUCAGUCAUUUAUUCUAUCAUAUUAUCGGUAAGUUUGUUAAUUUGCCUGAUUUUGUUUUUUAUUAUUAUUUUCUCAGGUCGCAUUGUAAACAUCUUUACAAAAUCAAGUUCAGGAAGUUAACGGAAGAACUUAAUAUUAUGUUGACUGUUAAUAAAUUUUACAGGUAGGUGAAGGUACCAUCAGACUUAAGGAGUGCCUAUUUUCGUGCGCAGAAAAUCUUGUGCGUUUAGGAGGAAAAAUUACUCGGCAAGCCCGGCGAUUUCAUGACCUCUCUUAUUCAUAAUUUAUCUUCUACGUAACUGUGAAUGAGAGCAUUUAGGAAGGGGAACACUAAAGCUCAGACAUUUAUUAAGGCCUAUUUACACGGUACGACUUUGUCGCAUGCGACAAGCUUACGACAGGCCUACGACAUGACUUAGGACAAUUUACACGCGCACGACAUUUUCACCUACGACAUGCCAAAAUCGCGUGCAAUUCCACUCGUUUCGGCCGCGGUCAUUGUUUCAAUAAUUUGCAAGAGAAGGAAAAGAACCUCUUCCUCGCUCCACAGUGAUAUCAUAUUCUCUGUUUCCUCAUCUGAGAAUGUAUUUCUCGCUUUGGAAGCAGUCUUCGACUUUCCGGAGGCGACUUCCUCCGCCAUUUUGACGCAAGAAAAUUUCACCUUCCUCCCCUACUCAGUAGAAAUUUGUCACAAAAUACGUCAUUUUCUAUCAAUUUCGGCUACGACUGUCGCAGCGUUUUAAAACAUGUUUUAAAAUCCUACGACAUUUUUCGUGACGUGCACGACAGUCGUGAGCGAGUGGUAGGUUUGAUUUACACGAUACAAUUCGUGUCGUAGGCCUGUCGUAAGCUUGUCGCAUGCGACAAAGUCGUACCGUGUAAAUAGGCCUUUAGACACCACUGGGGACCGGAUGGUGAAUGCAACUGCUUUAGGCGCGCUCCAACCUCUACCAGCCAAUCAAUUUUAAAUCCUCAUAGACCACUGAGCGAGCACAGAGUAAAAGGACUUUCGCCUUCUUGCUACCGACAAGAUCUUAAAAACCCCAGUACCUAAGAAAGUUGAGCGUGAGAACGAAAACUUCCGCAAAUCAACAUAAAAUCGGCACCUAUUGCAUAAACUGCGACAGGCUUUUAUGCCAGGCUUUGUUUCCUUUCAGGCCAGAGAAUACUCAUAAGGGAUCAAGUUUUGGCCACCAAGCAAAUCUGAAUUUGUUAUAUUGGAGCAAAGAAGGUAAAGAGAUCUUGGUUUCCAGCUCAUUUAUUGGAGUUAAAGGCAGAACGAGCGAACGAAUACCAUGUUGUUUUUGCCCCAAAUGGAUUAGUGUUCUUUUCUGUGCACGGGAAAAACUCGUCGAGAGUGAAAAGAUUUAGAACAUUAUUAAAAGUAGAAACAGUCAUGUUUUGGCUCAGGCAAGCUUUCUUGAUUUCGUUCCGUUUUUCUCUCUUGUUGUGUUGUUUCAGAGGCAACUAUUUCCAUUGAUGACGUCACAGGCGGGUGCGUGGUUACUUGUGGAGAGGAUCUUAACUGUUCAGUUGAAGAAUAUACAGCUAAAGGAAUUAACUAUUUUUACUUCUUAGAG